AAGGUAUAAUAAAAUCGGGGUGAUUAGUUAAAAGUCAUGUUUGCCUAAAAUUUGGCAAAGCUAAAACGAAUAUACGGUACCCCGAUAUUUAUUGUGUAUUUGUUUAGCCGGUAGAAGGUAACUGGGGUUGGUGUUGGGCUAAAACUCCUGGAUUUUUCUUAUUGUAAUAAGCUCUUUUUUCUUUCCUUUUCUUUACUCCCGACGCUUAUGAUGGUUACUUGUGCUGCUUACAUGGCCAAGCAAACUAUGGCGCCUGUGCUAACUACACUAUAUUCUUUAGCAUCUAGCAACGUCUUUAAGGUUCGACGAAGGCUGGCAGUUUUAAUGGUGCUGAAAGCGAUGGAGGAGGAAAAAGGGGUCGUCUUGUUAUCCUCCGCGUCCAAUGGUUAUGACCUGUGACUGCUAAAGUUAAAGCAUUUGCUGUAGCGGGUGGAAGCCGUGGCAGCAUUGGGUGCCUAUCGUCUUAGCCCUACCGGACAGUAACAAUUGUAACAACGGCACAGCACAUUGUGCUGUUGUAUUUGUAUCUGUGAAUUAUUUGCCAGCUGUGGUGACGAUAGUGUGCUGCCUAUCCGACAUCUUCGUUGAUUCGCUCCGUUGAUUUUGGCUCAUCUAGCUCUCCCUGCCCAGUCCCGUUGCGUUUUCCCAGUUCCUUUGCUGCUGCGUUGACCGGCAGCAACAGCGGCGCUUCACGUAUGCCAUCAGCUGGUUCGCGUUCGUAGUAAAGCUGCUUGCAAGGGAGUCGACUAGCAAGUUGUUCUAAUGUUGCUACUUCGUUUUCUUUCCACUUUUCUAGACACAUCACUAUCAUUAUGUUAACUUGUCUGCUUUUAUGUAUGACAAAGUUGUUGUUAUCUUACGAGGUAUAGCUGAACAGCUAAGGGGUCGAGCUAGGUGAGGUUCCUUGUUUGGAAAUAGUACUAUCGCGCCGCAGGCGCGCCGUGUGCUCCAUCUGCUUUGCAGGCUUGUUAUGUUUCAUUGUGAGAGGCUAUUCAUCGGAGACGACCUCUGCGGAUGAACGUCCUUCUGCCGGCAGACAGAGCAAAUAACAGGCCUAUAGUGAGAUAGACAUAGAGAAGCUGAUUAAAAUGUUAUUCAUCGCGCAUGACGACGAGGUAGAACCGACGUCAGCAGCAGUAGCGACAACAACAACAACCGGAAAGACUCGAAUGCUACAAAGCAUUACGAAGCCGACAGUUACUUCACUACUACACUUGUAUUGCAAUAUUUGCUUUGUUAUCACACUUCGUUAUUGCGAUAGCGAUGGAUAUGUUAUGACUUCUAGUCGUAGAAAUAUGUACUUAUGGCAAAUAUAGCAGUUGCGGGACCUGAACAGAUCGAGUUUACUCGGGUAUUGAUAUGGAAGCCUUUAACUAUUCUUUUCAGAGAACGAAUAUCAGAAGCCUAUAUUGGCUUGAGCUACAAUGAAUGGUACAGCGGUCGGCUCCGCCUCGAAUUUUGGCGCGCUUUUCGGAUGAAAUGUACCCAAUGAUAAUUAUGUUACCUCAGCUACUGAAAUAAAAGAGGGCACAAUUAAUAACGUACAUAGCAGCAGGUUUUUAUUAGUAAAUCUGUUUCUGUACUAUAGUAGGAUUUACUAUUAUCUGAAUAAGAGGGAAUUAGCACGUAAUUAGCUGAGAUGUAAAAUUCAGAUGAACGUAUGAAUUAAGUGGCCCUUAACAAUUUAGGGUGAUACCAGGCUGUCGGGUUCACGCUGAACCGCUUGUUCAAGUGAAUCACGUUGCUCGGUUUACAAUUUUAUCAAUAAACCGACGUGAAGUGAGAACGAAACAGCGACCAGGGUUCGCGUGAGAAACACAGCGCCGACCCUUUCCAUACAUGAUUAACUUUUCUACCAAAAUAUAUUGAUUGUGUAGUAAAACAGUCCUAUCUGUUUGAAAGAUCCUAAAAUACAACACUCAUGAAAAUACUCCCUGGCCUUAAUGUUAAGCACAAAGGAAAACUAGUUUUGGCUGAGAUGCCUCUGUUCUGGCCUAGUGCAAAUGGCCCCUCCAGUAUGCAGUUCGAACUAUUACUUAUUACUUUUUUGCAAAUAACCUAAAAGGGUACUUAUCUUCAGAGUGUUUUCCGUAGUUUGCGCCAUACAUUACUGCAAAAAUUCGGAAAAUAUCAGGCGUUCCACUUCGCUUUAAAAAGAAGACGAAGCGAGACAAUUUGAUCUUCUGGUGCAGAUCAAAAUGUUGUUUAUUACAGAUAACUCAAUGCGUUCCGGUAAGUUGUACUUGGAUAUCAGACCUCGGCUUGCCGGUUAAAAAUUUACAGUCUACUGAUGACAAAUACCGACCCUAAGUGUGACAGGUAAGUAAGCCAACGUUUGUGACAGGAAUAGAUCUCGUUCGGCGCAACAUACAUCUCAGCAAUAUGGUGGAACAAAUGAACGCCUUCUUUUGCGCCUUCAAGACGAUUUCAGAUAAACUUGUGAUUCCCGACUUUUGGCUAUACCCGACCGUCAAAUGUCCAUGAGUCUAAGCAACACCGACACACUGCUAAGGCGAACUAUAGUAGGAAGAUAUCAAUCAGUACUUUUACUGGGUCAAUGAACACUUCCACCCACUUAUUCACUGUCUAGUCGAUACACAAGCGUUUCAUCUUUUGUCAUUUGGAGCCCAUAUCAUGGUACCGGUGGCAGUCCUGUUUCUUGCUGAAUUCGACAAAAGAUUGAGGAGGACGAGGAUUAUGUUGGAUACAAGGAAUAAGUCAAACUCGAACGAGGAACCUGUUAGCUAAACAAAUGGUUCUAGCACAUCAUUAAUUGUUCAGUGGUCGAAUUGUUUACAUUUGAGUAGAGCGCGCUUGUCGAGCAAUAUUGCAAGACGCGGGCGCAACCUGAUGGAGACGUCGCUGAAAAGAAAAUCUGCUGUGCAUCAAAAUACUUCACACUCUUACGCAGAAAACGAGUACACUGUUGUAGUUGAGUUUUUUCUUUUGCUUACCUUGAAAGAAAACAUGGCUUUGUGGCAGUUACCAACAUGUGACCGACAUUUAAAUGUCAGAAAAGCAAAUUUUUGUCGAAAGCCAAAUUUUGGUAAAAAAAAAUAUUCAUGAAAAAGAGUAAUAUUGAUUGAGAACGGUGAGCUAAUGCAGAUGAAUGAUCAGGAACUUAAAAUGAGCUACUGUCCGGAGUGAUAUAGCCCGUUGAGGUCUGAAGAGUAGAACAAACAAACCUAUAGUUACAAUACAAAGUAUUGGAUAGCUUCUCUCAGCUGAGUUAUCUAUCAAUGUCCACAUACAAAUUGCUGUGGUAAUGCAUAACUUUAUAGAAUGCCUAACGUGUUUUCCUUUAAAGCUACACGAGUCUCAGAAAUUGGGUAAACAUAAAGCAACUGAAGUUAACAGAUGUGCGAAAAUUGCAACAAACGAAAUAUCAACAACAGAUGAGCUAUUUUCCCCGUACUUUGUAGUGUGUACACGCAUUCAGUAUAUCUAUAAUCAGUAUGUAAUAGAAAUGUUGAUUUCUGCUCACCCACAUAGCAAAUGCCUCCUUUCAAUCAACCCUUCUUCGUAAGUGUGUUUUCCUUUUUAAUGCCUCUGAUAUUUAGAAAUCCUUUUUAGAACAGCCAAACUAAAUAAGACAAGGCGUACAUUCAAAGGCCCAUAGCUAGUCUUCGGCCUGAAGUGCUUGUGGCGUUGGAAUCGCUUUGGGCAUUACUAUAGAAGCAUUCAUGCAUUGUUGUCAGUUAGUGAUUUUUACUGUAGUUGUGUUAACCGUAUUUCGGUCUCAAAUAUAUUUGAAAACGGUUGCAUAGCUGCAUAUCUUUGUAGCUGAAUAGCACAAAAAAAUAUUUUUAAAUUAUUGAGCUUUCAUUAGCUAAUAAUAUUUCGUGAUCGUAGUCAACAUAACUCUGAAGCUAUUUCAACUCAUAGAGUAGGUUUUUUUCUUUCAACUUUUGGAUUUUGGAUUAAACCUAUUGAAUUCAGCUCUCUUAACACAUUUGAAUAAAAUAAUACCGUAGUAGAGAAGCUCUAACAGCUCUCUGCAGAUAUGGAUGUUGAUCAAAUGCUGGUAUUGAAUGACGAAUAUAUGUUCUUGUUGUCAGCGCUUUUUUUCAAAGUGCACAAUGUAAUAUUUUCCCGGUAAGUUGUUUUCGUGUGCUCAGUGAACGGCAGCUCGAGCACAGUUCGCUGAAAUUUAUACAUGGGAUCAAAAAUGUGGGGUAGAUAAAGUAGUAAGUAGGCAAAAGGCGCCCUCUGUCUUCUUGCCAAUGCAUCGAAUCCUGUUCGAUGCGUUACAACAAUCAUUAAUUUUAAUGAAAUCUUCUUGUUGUUGACCUUCAGCCAAUGCCGGGCAACUGUGUAUGAAUGUGGCCCUGUUUUGUUCAGCGUUCGUUGUUUUACCUAUCAAACUGGUGUGUAGUCGACGGUGGCCACUAUAUGUUUUGAGUUUACAUUCAAUACUGGCGUUAAGCGCUGCUUCAGACGGCGAGAGAUAGCGUGCGUACGUCCAAUCCCCAGUCUAGAGCGCGUGCGCCAAUAUGCAGUAAACAAACGUUUUCAUGGUAGCUGCGGUUUUUCGAUCGUAUAGCCCUGUGAAACGGGCUAAACAACCGCACCCAAAAAUUGAGUAUGUGAGUAGAUGGGCUAUGGGCCUCAACUCAGGCAUGUUAUUACAAGGCAUAGUAAUCUGACGCAUUAAGCACGAUUUAAUCGAUUACUUGCGUUAAAUUAAUAUGUGGAUCAGAAGCGAUUGCCUAGUAAAGAAGAAAUGCUGUUUCUAGAUAGACGGCACUGGGGGCCUUGAGCGUCGUUGUAGACCUCCCACCCCCCCCCAGGUGGUGACAGCUGCCGAACGCCUCACUCCACUGCGUCCCGCCCCUGGUAUCGUUGAGGUUGCACAACUGCCAUUAGCAUAAUCAAGUGCAGAGUGCAACCUAGCGUCAACGACGAAGCUUUUGAUUGCUACUUUUCCAACCAGCGGAGCCGUGGCCUGUGAUAACUUUUCCGACUUUAUUUUCUCAGCGGAGAAUAUAAGUUGAAUGCACCAAGACGAGUCUGUCGAGAAUAGCUAUAGUGGUAACUUUUUCCGUUCCUAAAACAAUUAGGGAUAAAUAAGCUAGCCAAAGCGAGCCAAGAUGGGUAACUGUUUAUCACGUCAAGGCGGCAGCAAGAAGGGCAGCUCUGCCCACGAUGGUCAUAAUGGCGCCAUGGGUGCACAGCUAAACAAUCAGCAACUGCAACAGACCCCAAAUCACCAUGCGCAGAUGCACCAUGGUAGCGGAAGGAUGCCGAACAUGGCGAGUAUGCAUGCUGGCACGCCAGGAGGACAAAAUAAAGACCACCAACAACAACAACACGAGACGGGUGCGACUUCACACAGCAAUAACGGUACGCCGAACCGUGGCGCAGGUGUCGCUGGCAGCGGAAGCGGAUCAGGAGAACGAUACUCGAAACCUCCGUCUUCCGGCGAUGGACUGAAGGAGUCCCGUAGUUCAGGCAGCGCGUCAGCAAGUGGCGGACAACAGAAAGUAGUUGUUGCUUUAUAUUCAUACGAGGCACGUGCGGAUGGCGAUCUCAGCUUUAGAAAGGGUGACAGGCUAAUUAUCCUCGAUGAUUCGGAUGCCGACUGGUGGUGCGCACGACAUAGCGUUGACAAACGACACGGCUUCAUUCCACGUAACUUCGUAGCAGCUGAAAAGUCCGUUGAGAGUGAAGACUGGUUCCUCGGCAGAAUCUCCCGGAAGGACGCGGAGAAGAUGCUCAUGAUGGACUCCAACCCGCGAGGCACAUUCCUUAUCCGGCAUCGGGAACAAACCCAGGCAGGGGGCUACUCUCUGUCCAUUAAGGAUUACGAAACCUCAAAGGGAGAUCAUGUGAAGCAUUACAAGAUAAAGACGCUCGACCAGGGAGGAUUCUACGUAACAACCAAAAUGACCUUCAGCUCGCUGCAGCAGCUUGUUUCCUACUAUUCCGAGGGAGCAAAUGGACUUUGCCAUCGGUUGACUUUGCCGUGCCCAAAGCCAAAACCGCACGUUUGGGAUCUUUCUCCUGAGACCCGACAUGAUUGGGAGAUUCCUCGGGACUCACUGCAGUUGAUCCGCAAGCUUGGCAGCGGCAAUUUCGGCGAGGUGUGGUAUGGACUGUGGAAAAAUGCCAAGGAAGUGGCAGUAAAAACACUUAAACCAGGCACGAUGGAUCCUGCCGCCUUUUUGCAGGAGGCAGCCAUUAUGAAGAAGUUUCGACAUGAGAAACUUGUAUCUCUAUAUGCCGUAUGCUCAAAGGAAGAGCCGAUCUAUAUCAUCACAGAGUACAUGUGCAAUGGGUCUCUAUUGGAGUUCCUGCGUAAGCAAGAUGAAGCUAGCAAAGGUACCAAAGUCAAACUGCCAGUACUGAUAGACAUGGCUGCGCAAAUCGCCUCAGGCAUGCAAUACCUUGAAAGCAAACAGCUCAUUCACAGAGAUCUUGCAGCGAGAAACAUCCUCGUGGGCGAGAAUAAUAUUGUUAAGGUGGCUGAUUUCGGUCUCGCUCGCAUCAUCGAAGAUAGCGAAUAUACGGCACGUCAAGGUGCCAAAUUCCCGAUUAAAUGGACUGCCCCCGAGGCUGCUCUCUACGGAAAGUUCUCUAUCAAAUCCGACGUAUGGUCGUACGGCAUUUUGCUAUAUGAGCUCAUAACAUUCGGCCAAAUACCGUAUCCUGGAAUGCCAAACCGUCAGGUGAUUGAGUACAUCGAACAGGGCAACCGCAUGCCAAAACCACAGGGCGUCGAGUGUCCCGAUUCCGUUUUUCAGUGUAUGAUGCAUUGUUGGGACGCAGAGCCCGAGAAACGGCCAACUUUCGAAUAUUUGUUUAACUUCUUUGACGACUAUUUUGUGUCGACUGAGCCCAGUUACCGAGACGCAGAAGAGUUCUAACCUGAGGCUGCCGGACGUGCCGGCUGCGAUCAACCUAGGCCCUUGGCACCGCCCUCUCUGUCUGGGCUCAAACCCAUAAUGUCCCAUUCCGUGACACGGUCCUCGCUGCACUCAGCUAUCACCCCGUCGGUUGGGAACGCUCCACUUCUGCAAAAUAACGAUUCGGCGUGCAUACAUUCGACAGGUAAGGCCAUACCGGCUGUGAUCGCUGAUAACAAAGAAGAGGAGGACUUUGGUCUAACAUUCUAUGGGAUCUUCUGACUCUGCCCAAGAGGCACCGGCCAUCAAAAAGUGUGUCUAAAUGCAAAGCGUGAUUCUUUCGACUUUUCUUUGUCAUGGCUAUUGGCCAAAAAUGACUAUAUCAGCAAUAAUCGAAUGAUUAGUUCUUUCGUCGUUCGUGUACCGGGAAAUGUCGAUAAACUUGUGCGAAAGCAUUCUCAAAAGCGAUCCUUUAUUUUGCCUUAGUCCUGUAUCCUUCACCUAUAGAUAGAUACGGCAAUAUUAAUCAUAUUUGAUAUGUGAACUUACUAAUUUAAUAGGAUGACGGUUGUUCUGGAUUCGUUGUAUCUCAUAUUUUGAAGAUGAUUUAAUUUCAAAUUAUUUAGACCACUCAAUAGCGCUAGGCGGUCGGCUCCCUGAAAUCGACGAGUAUGUGGCGCACAUGAUCUUGCUAUGGUAGAUCAGAAAAUAAACAAAAACUAACUGACUCUCAAGCAAGAUUAAGACGAACCCACGACGGACAACUGCUAUUGUGUAACGAGGAACCAGAACUUGAUUGUAACAGAUGAUUAGACUGGAGGGGGAGCGGGGGGGGGGAUUUGGAAAGAGAUCAUUUACUUGUUAGAAGGGUUUCUGCUCAAUGCUCGCUAUGCUCAAACGACGGAACUUUUCUAGCGUGUGACAUUUAGGAGUGUGCUAUAUUUACUAUAUAUUUAACAACGGACUAGGGUUUGUCAUGCGCGUGUCAAGCGUAGCCGAAAAUGCCGCAGCAAGACGUCCGACUCAUCCAAAGAAUUCUCACAAUAAUAAUUUUGCAGUUUUCCACUGGUCAGUGCCGUAGAAAUGGCAAUUACAGCCUGCACCGUUGAGCAUCGCGUUGGCGAACUCGCACACAUACAGCCUCUGAAUUACCUUAAAAUCGGUACUUUAAACUAAGACCAGUCAGUUUUAGCUUACAGUUUAACUGGAACCUGUUUGUGUGCGAGCGGCUCGCGGAUCCAUAUAACAUCACAAUGUAGGACACAGCUUUGCAAGGCUCAGAAAUCAGAGAUUAUGGUUUCUUUUAGAUCGGCGCGUAUAUCACCCUAGAUACGAAGCGUGUCGGCAUCGGUAACUGCGGCUCAGUUUAAGGAAAAGGUAUAACACUAAAAGUUCAUCCAAAGCAACUAAACAUAUAUCUAGAAGUGACGACUGAACGAAAAGGGCAAUAUUAUCAUAAUCCAUACAGCGCAUGAUGAGCAGCAUUAGCAACAACAAAACACAAGAUCAACUCGAAAUAGAAGAACGGACGCCGUAUUCUAGUGGCCUCCUAUUCUUUUCGGUUGUUACUGAACUAACCACAAUUUAGGCAGCGACACUGAAGAGGCAAAUACGUGGCGCUAUUGAUACUCGAAGGUCUAAUGGGUGGUUACCAACGGACUAGCACUUGCCACAACUGGGGACUGGGUCUAGCGAAACACAAUGAUAUUACAAAGGUGAACACGAUAAAAGCGAGCACGCUAUGCAAAAAGGAGGCCGGAUUACAAUGUGUUAGUGGGUGCUAUAUGAUUAUAAAUAAUUAACUCCUUUAUUAUUAGUACCACUUUUAUGGUACUUGAGCCAACUUAAAUUUCAUCUCUGUAAUGAGUGGUUCUAAACUAAGGUUAUUUUGUUUUUUUUCGUAUGGCAUCACGUGAUCAAUUUGAUGUGGGAUAAUUCAGGUGUAUUUAAUCUUUUAAAAUUUCAUAGUUAUUCUGCUUGUGUGGGCUUUUGCGGCAUGACAGCAUAUUCGCUUAAGUUCGGUAGAGUUCCGUCACUUUUUCGUUGGAUACAGUAACUACUUGAAACUUGCUGCAGCGAACAAAGAUCGUUGUCAAUUUAGGAGUGAAGAAUUUCCGAAUAUAUGUUCCAUACCGAUGAUUUCAAUAUGGCUCAUGGUUGCGGCAUUUACUCAUGUUUGCGAUGCAGAAUGUAUAGCUGCACUCUUUCUUGAUAUUAUUAAAUUCUCUGUUUUUUUUGCUUUUCAAGAUGAGAUAAGCUAAACAGCCGAGACUGCCACGUCGAGCUCGUGCAAUAUAUAUAUAUUCUAUUUCUCCCUAAUGCCUAUAUUAUCCCAGCCGUAGAGACGAAAACGCCAGCCGAAAUUAUGAUAACUAGCGCCAUCCUUGGAAUUCCAUUUUUGCUCGUGCCAAACUCAGUUGCAUUGAGUUUGAUUAUUGACCUUGAUUUUUCCUAAUACCUCUUAACUCCAACUAGAUUUGCAGCAGGGCUAGCCAGGACUAGAGACGAGACUGGAGUUUUUUGAGUUGUAUAGUUUCUUGAGAAUCGCUAGCUGAUAGUGAGUGCGGCUGAACAAAGUCUAGCUCACCCUGGUAUUAUAACAAGAACGAGAGAUGCUGCCUAAGCAUCCUAUCUAUGCAUGUCUUUCGUCCUGCGCUUAAAUCAAUAACCUUUCUAUUUUUUUUUUUUUUUUUUGAGCAACUAAUGUUUUUAAGCUUGAAACAAUGAUACUGAUAAUGAUCAUCGUGUUUAAACUUGUUCGUGUUUUUUUUUUUAAAUAGUGAACGC